AUGGGUCAGAAAAUUCAAGAUGGGACUAAUUCCAUACCCCCUACCAUCACUUGGGUUGCCUACAUCCUCCGCAACGACGAGUGGUCCAAAUUGACCCCUACAGCCAUACCGGACGAAUCAGCUUUUUGUUCAUGGAUGGAUGCACUUUUCACCACCCGCGCCAGGAAAGGCGGGAUUCUAAUGACCAUGGAGAACCUGCAAAAAAAGUUGGACCGAGCCCAUAAAGAUGACUUAUUGUCUAGGAAUAUCUUGAAGGAGAAAUCUCGUCAAUCCGCUUUGUCUCAAUCUCAUGCACCUGACUCGUGUUUGGAGGAAGAAAAUUCUAGCUGUGAAGAAUACGAAGACCUGGAACUUUACGUGGAUCAAAUCUACAAUAAGUACUUGAUUAAUACCGAGUUUGAUCUGUUGCUCCCCUCCUAUCCAAACCCGGUGGACCCCGAGAAAUACAUUUUGCUUUUGAAUGCCAAUGUAGACAUUUGGGCCAAAGCCCUAGUACAUACAAAUUCGCCGGUUCACUUGAAAUAA